AUGGGCACACCUCAUGCUACUGGCCAUACGAUUGUACUGUGCGACCUCACAAAUCCCACAUAUCUUGGGAAUCAAGAGGAACUUGUUGCAGCGCUCCAAGCGCAAGGUAUACAGCCGAUCAACGUGCUCCAAAACACAACACCCGGACCAGGAGCCGGCCCAUCCGCCGCCGAACUCACCGCCAAUAUCACCAAAUCACUGCUCCGAUGCAGAGCGGAUUUCCCUAAGCAAGCGCAAGGAGAGGACUUUGAAGUCUACCUGUGCCGACUAGAAAUUGCAUUCAGUCAUGACGGUACCUCGAAUAAUACCAAAAUCGACUGCCUUAUUGGGCACACGACUCCCACAGUCGCGGCGGCAGCCCAACGCCUCUACAACAAGGGAUAUCACACCUACGACAACAUCGCCGACUGGCUCAAAACACAGUUCGGGCUCUCGCCCUUCAAACACUUUACGAGAUUCCUAGCCCUAUGGCACCUGGAAGACGAAUCAUGGGCACAAUUUGGCAAUUGGCUACAGUGUGAGUACAUCCGAUAUCUACCACUCAGUGCAAACGACCUACCAGGUCAAGAAAAAUCCAUCACCGCCGCACUCAUUGGACAACUACUGGCAAUCACCACCGGAGGGCUCCACACCCACCUAUACUCCAAGGCAACCGCCGAUCAAACCCUGACAUGGGUCACAUGUCUCGCGUACGCAGACAAAUAUUGCCGCAUGCACCCCAACACACCACGCGCAUCGCCGGCCCUGCAGAACACGCAACCAGGUAACCGCCAACCAAAAACAACGGCAUCAGGUGUACAGAAACAUUACUGCGACCACCAUCAACAGUACAUUCUCCACACAACUGCCAAAUGCUCGCUUGGGCAAAACCCAAGGCCCAACACGGCUAUGGGCAACGAAUCCCCACGCAACCUGCAAUUGUGUACCUACCACCCAGGUGGCCUUGUUGCACACUCGAAAGCAGACUGCCGAAACAACCCGGCCAACCAGGUCACACGGCAACCAACUGCCAGAACCAGGGAAACGCCAAGAUUGGACAGUGAUGGCUGUCCUCUGCUCAAUCCCCCAAGGUACAGACGACAGACUCACCAUCAUCAUUGGCAUCACGGACAAACGCGUCACAGCACUGAUCAACACUGGAGCCACCAGGUCAUUCAUGGCGACCGACGUUGCAGCCGAAGUAGGGCUCACACCCCAUCCGACAAAGGCAAAGAUCUCCGCAGCCCUCUUACACAUCUCCGCCAACAUCAGCCACUCAUAGCCAUCGACUACUACUCACAAAGAGUGGUCACCACACCCAUCAAACGCGCAACGGCAAACGCCCUAUGCAGCUUCCUAGCAGACGUUUUUGCCCAAUUGGGCACCUUCAAAAUAAUCCAUUCAGAUGGAGCAGCGGUCUUCAACUCAGCACCGUACAAAAGAUUCAUCACGGCAAAUCAAAUUGCGUCACACAUUGCCCAGCCAUACCAUCCCAAAGGCAACGGCACCUGUGAGCAAGCAAUAAAAUCCCUGUCGGCAAUCAUAGCCAAGACAGCACCAACCCCUACCAUGUGGGAUGACGUCUUACUUGACGCAGCAAUCGCAUACAACCAAACGCCACACACCGCAACAGGGCUACCACCCUUCAAACUAUGGCACAAAGAACCAAUACUCACCCCAGCAGACAUAAAGUUUGAACUGCCGCCAAGGGACAUAACCCCUGAACUCCAACAAGUCAAAGUAACUAACCAAAGAUACCGCAAACUCUACAUUCAGCAGGCCAAUAAACACCGCAAACCCGAAUUCAAACUCGGCCAAAUGGUGACCCUCAGGCCACAACUGAAAACAACGGAAAAACAUGCCACAAACUGGCGCUUCUUACCCAAACGCUUCGGACCAUUCCGAAUCACAGCAGUGCUCAGGAAAGCAAAAUAUAGCGAUACGGAAGAAACCGAUUGGCCUCGACUUCACCUGGACCCAGGGACACUCAACGCCACGGACGGAUCUGACGACAAAGCCCAUCCCCUGACAAGCUCCCCCGAAGUGCAUCAGGCAUGCAGCAAGAUGCCCUACCAGGCCCAAGCCACGCCAGACCGCUCUCUGCCACGCACCCCCACGGCGACGUCGCCGGUAUCCAGCGUCGACAUUCCGUCAUUUGACAGCCCUCCCCAGGAACCAACACCGCUGCCUCAACCAGAUAUAAAAACCACUGCAAACGCCACAGAUUCCCCAGCUCCAGCAGCUCCAAAUUGUCAGUGGAGGAAACGCCAGCGGACAUCAAGCCCCGUCUUUGGACACUGGCGCAACUGCUCGACAGCACUGGACCCAUCACCGACAAUGAAUACUAACCACAACAACCUCAUCUCAACAGGAUCUCAAGAUGCCCAAGGAUCUCGACCAAAACGCCGCCGCCGACGGCCCUCGCAAUACCAUCAGCCUUGGCCUCCUCCUCCCUUGUUCUUUUGCCGCCGCCGGCACCUUUCUUUUUUGGGGGGGAGAGUACGACCCCUGCAUGGGUCCAUAGGCGCCGCCAUGAUGGCCUGCGCAAAAGGCCUAAACACGUCAUUGACUGUUUCUUUUUACUUUGUGACGCCGCACCAAUCCAAACUGGCUGACACAAUACAGCACGCGCGCGCUUGUGUCAACCAACUUGCACCCAUAUCCCUGAGGCCUAAGAGAGCCUCACUUUGUCUAUAG